CACAAAAGAAAGUUUUACAAACAGUUUUUUUCCUAAAAAAGUUGUUACCGCGCAAAAGGAGCACUUACACAGAUGGCAAGAGAAAUAUCAGAGCUUCCUAUGUGGAGGGAUUCUGCCAGCUUAAUUAUAUGUGUCAAAACAACUGACGAGGUGCACGUUUUUAACUACAAGCUGUUAAUGUUAAAACGCUCAGAUCGCACAGCUUUCAUUGAAGAUCAAACUGUUUUCCCUGGUGGAUUAUAUGAUGAAAGUGACGAGGUUAUAGAAUGGUUGAAAUACUUCGAAAGUUUUGGUGUAACUGAACAAAUGUUUGAGAAAUUGUUGGGAGGUCGUUGUUAUGAUCAACUUUUUAAUUCAACCAACGCAAUGCCAAGAGAAAUUUCUUUGCGUAUAAACGCUUUGCGUGAGACUUUCGAAGAGGUAGGUGUAUUUAUAUGUCGCAAUCGUGAGCAAUUACUCACGAUUCAGCAAUGGUCCUUCUGCAAACCUGCCUGUGAUUACCAGCAAAGUUAUUGGCAGGAAAUUGUUCAUAACGAUCCGCGGCAGUUUCUGCGUAUGUGUCGCGAAUUAAAAGUCGUGCCGGAUUUGUGGUCACUUCACAAAUGGUCAUGUUGGGCUACUCCCGCUGCACUUAGAAAAGGUUACGAAACCACAUUUUUUGUAAGCUUUCUACAAGAAACUCCUAUGUUAUUGCCUGAAAAAACUGAAGUUAAAGAGUGCCUGUGGUUAAGCCCCAUGCAGUACCUGCAAAUGCACCGUGAUAAAAAAAUCCAUCUAUCUUCGCCACAAUUCUACGAAAUAACCCGCUUUACUUGUAGUGGAUCUUUUGAUAAACUGCAAAAGUUUGCUCAGGAGCGUGAUAAAUGUGGUGUGGCUUUUUAUUUACCCAUCUUAUAUUUGUGUGAUGAUGGUAUAGUCUCAGUUUUACCAGGCGAUGAUUUUUAUAUUGGGGACGCUCGUACUAGUUUAGAACUAAGGCAAACUAAUUGUACUAUUGAGCAAUUUCGGUUAAAAUCUAAACGUAUGCAUCGCAUUGAAACUAUUGGAUCGCCCGUGGCAGUUUGCCUAAAUUUUAAACCUUUUAAACCUUUAGAUAACCAUUUACUAUCUAUUUGCGAAGGUGAAGUUGAUAAUAAAGCUAAACUUUAGAUUCGAAUUUUUUGUUAUAACAAAA